AUGAGUACAAAGACCUUGUGCACAUCGGAAGUUAGCGAAGAAGCCGCUGAAGAAAAGUCUUCCAACUCGAUGAUCAACGGACUGCUGGAUAAUUCAGGAGAAAUAAUAAAUACGUCGUAUCGCUUGCAGUCGUCAUACUGUUCCACUGUGUCCAAUGAUAGUGAAUUGUCGUCGUUGUCGCUGUGUUUGGAUAGAGAAAUGGAAAGCUAUGCAAAUCCCAUAGAUAUUGAUGAGUUGCCGGCAUUUGAAGUACGUUUGAUAUCGCCUCUUGGACGAACACCCUCGCCUAUUGACAGCGAGGACAUGGCGACGCCAACAAGACCUCCGCCAAAGGAAAGACUUACUGCCAGUCCCUGCCUUAACAAUCCUGACUAUGUGGCUCUACAGGACAUAAAUGCCCAAAUAAGCCCUCCUAGUGAUAACAGUGAACAUCCGCAGGACGAAACGUGCCUUAGUCGAACAAGUAGUUUAGAGACAAUAUAUGAAGGUGUAUUUCUAAAUACACCACCUCGUUCAAAUGGCAACAGCCACUAUCCACGCAAUGCUCGAUGCCGCACUAGUUUGCUGGAAAAGGUCGCCCUAAACCGUCUGCAAGCUGGAAAAGAAAAUAAAUCACCACUGUCAAAAUCAGAAUCGCCUUUGCGGUCUCGCAAUUCCUUAGAUUUUAGUCCCAACAGACAAGCCGAACAUGGAUUUUCCUAG